AUGUGCUCCUCACCGUCGCACUCUAGCUUUUCCUUCCUCGGUGAAGCCAACCUCGAAUUUUGCACCUUCCUCGAUCCCCAACAUUCAUGGAACUUCGGCCACCUUCUUCCACCGCCACACUCGCCGGCGGCGGCAGCGCCAAGCUCCGUCUUAUGUGCAGUUACGGUGGCCACAUAGUCCCUCGUCCUGGCCCCAACAAGUCCUUCUGCUACGUCGGCGGCGACACCCGCAUCGUAUCCGUCGACCGCCGCACCGUCACCACCCUCGACUUGCUUGUUUCUCACCUCACCGCCACCCUCUCCGUCGACUUCUCCUUCACUUUAAAGUACCAGCUUCCCCAUCUUGACCUCGACUCUCUCAUUUCUCUCACCUCCGAUGAGGAUUUCCAAAUCUUCUUCGACGAGUUCGACCGCCUCUGUUCCACCACUCCUUCUGCUGCACCUUCCCGCAUCAGAGUAUUCCUCUUCCCUGUUUAUUCUGUUCCGGGUUCAGGUCGCCCCGUCAUUCGGCACCCGAAAACCGAGUCUUGGUUCUUCGAUGCGCUUAAGAGCGCCAAGAUUCUGCAGAAGGGACUCGGUGAGGCUCAUGGGUAUGGCUAUUGUCACGGGUCGGGUGUUGAGGGGCACGGCUUUGUCUCUUGGGGUCCGGAUACGAUGGUUUUGGAGACGAGUUCGUCUUUUGAGUCAACUUCGUCCUCGGCUUCGUUGACUAAUUUGCUUCCUUUGAAAUCUCAGAGUAAUGAAGUAGAUAAUGAGUUUGUUUCGCAGGAUAGUAAAGCUAUGUUGAUACAGACCAACGCUGUUGUUCCAAGUGAUAAUUACUCUUUUUCAAACAUAGAACCUCAGCAUCAGAAUGUGUUGUACCAAGAUGCCAUUGUUCAUGCUAAUUCUUCAAUAGAAAGUUCAAAUAACACCAACAUGGAAGCAGGGUACAACAAGAACAACACUUCAUUUCCAUACUUGAAUCAACAGGUUCAGAGACAACAUGGGCAAUUUGUACCAUUUCAACAUAUGACAUAUCAUCAACCUAAUCAACCCUACCCAAUAUAUUACCUCGUUCCUUAUGCUCAACCACCACCUUACUGUUUCAAUACAACAGCUUCCAAUGACGCGAACCUUAAUUCUACCUUCAUCACUUCUCAGGAUUAUCGCAGGCCAACCAGUUCAUUGACGACAUUGCAUGGUGAUAAGCAACAAGGAGAAAUUUAUGUUCCUCCGAUGUAUGUUCAGUCUCAAAAUGCUUGCAGCGGUGGUGGUGAUGGCAAUGAUAAUGGCGGUGAUGAGCUUGAUAAUGUUCUGAUUUACAAGUCUCAACCUCCUCCACCGUCAUCGUCGACGAAUUCUCAGUUCAAAUCCGUGAUGAAAGAUAUGAAGUUGCUUGCUCAAGAUGAAGACAUCAAAUAACCACUUUUUUUCCCCAAUACAUGCAAUUUUUAUUGGGAAAAUUAUGAAUGAGUCCGUAUCAAAGGAUUUUUGUUCAUUUUCCUUCGCAAUGAUGGAAAAAGUUCCAAUAAAUAUGUAUGACUAUAGAUCUGCAAUAUGCAAUAUGCAACAUGCAAAAAAAUUUCUUUUUUGUUUUGAAAGAUGCAAUCCUGCGGUUUUGUGCUUUAAA